UUUCAAAAGUCUACAGUUUUUAGUAUGGCUUCUUUAGUAAAAUAAAAUAUCUUCGAAUAAAUUAAACGCACCCCGGCAGUAUUUUACUUUAAUUAUUUUCUUUUUUUUUUUGUAUAUUUUAUAAAAUUAUUAAUAAAAAUUAAUUAUGGAUACUUUUGAAGAUGUUUCAGAUACUAAUGAAGAAAAAGAUGAUGAACCAUUUGAUCUUGAUGAAAUUUUACCAUCAAUUGGUGAAUUUGGAAAAUAUCAAAAACUUUUAGUAUUUGGAAUAUGUUUACCAGCAUGUAUUCCUUGUGGAUUUUGUGCUUUUAAUCAAUUAUUUAUGGCUGAUGUACCUGAUGACUAUUGGUGUAGAGUUCCAGAUCUUUUUAGCUAUUCAGUUGAAGAAAAAUUAAAUUGGUCUAUUCCAAUUAUAAUUGAUGACAAUGGUGAUUCGGUUCAUUCGAAAUGUUAUCGAUAUGCUGUCAAUUGGAGAGAAAUUAUACGAAAUAAUGAUAUGAGUACAUUUUCUCCAAAUUCAUCGUGGCCAACAGAAUAUUGUCGUGAUGGUUGGGAGUUUGAUACUACAACAGUAUAUUCAUCGAUAGUUAUUGAUUAUAAUUUAGUAUGUGAUGAUGAUAUAUUACCAACGGUUGGAUUAGCUGCAUUAAAUACUGGUGGUCCUAUUGGUGUAUUUUUAUUUGGACUGUUAAAUGAUAGACAUGGUCGUAGACUUGCCUAUUUUUUAUGUUUGGCAACACUUUUACUUGGUAGUUUUAUUACUGCGGCUAGUCCAGAUUUUUGGACAUGGGCAUUUAGUCGAGUUAUUGUUGGUUUAACAAUACCAGCUGUUUAUCAAAUACCGUUUAUUAUUGCUUUGGAACUUGUUGGUCCUAAUUACAGGUCAUUCGUAACUGUAAUGACAUGUACAUUUUAUUGUGUUGGAAUUAUAUUAUUAUCAGGAGUAACAUACAUUGUUCGUGAUUGGGUAGACCUUUGCUUAUAUACUUCAGUACCAUUUCUUACUUAUUUCCUAUACAUAUUUGUGAUGCCUGAGUCGCCAAGAUGGCUUUUAAUGAAAGGAAAACUAGAACAAGCUUUAAAAGUUCUUGAAACAAUGGCAAGAGUUAAUGGAAAACAAUUUCCAGUGACUUUUAAAGAAAAACUAGAGGCAAGAGUUUUACUCAAUAGAACACAAAAAAAGAAGAAACCGAAAAAUGUUGGAGUAUUUGAUUUAUGCAGAACUCCUAAUAUGCGAUUAAAAACUAUCUUAAUUACUUUGAGUUGGUUUGCUAAUGAAACUGUAUACUUAGGAUUAAGUUAUUAUGGGCCAGCACUUGGAAGUAAUCAAUAUUUUAGUUUCUUUUUAUCAGCUGCUGUUGAAAUACCAAGUUAUUUAUGUUGUUGGUUUGUAAUGGAUCGUUGUGGUAGGAAAUGGCCGUUAUCUUUGUCUAUGAUUCUAGGUGGUAUUAGUUGCGUAUUUACUGUACUCUUGCCAGAUGAUGCAGUCAACGAGACUUUAAUACUAUAUUUAAUCUCUAAAGCAUUAUUAUCAGCAUCAUUUUUGAUUAUAUAUCCAUUCGCGGGGGAACUGUAUCCUACAGAAGUCAGAGGCAUUGGUAUAGGUAUAUCAAGUUACAUUGGUGGAUUAGGAUUAAUAGUUAUUCCAUUCAUAACGUAUUUAGGAAAAGAGAAUUUGAGACUUCCAUUAGUUAUCAUGGGUUGUGUAUCAGUAUUAGGUGGUUUAACUGGCUUAAGAUUACCAGAAACAUUGAAUGCCAAAUUACCUCAAACCCUAGAAGAUGGAGAAAUAUUUGGAGCUGAUUGGAAAUUCGAAGAUUGCUUUAAAUGUGCUCCAAAGCGGUCGGAAUCUUUUAAUUCCACAACUUAUGAAAAUCUUGAUAGUUUGGAUGGUAGUGGUACUGAUUUUAUUACAGAAUUUAAUAAAGGAAUUGAACAACCGCUAAAUGAGCCUCCAGUUACAGAAAAUACUGCCUUUGCUUCUCGACCUCGAAGAACUUCAAUGAAACGUUUAGUAAGACAGCAAAGUAUAAUGGAUACGCAAAAAACUCAAGAUGGAACAAUGCAAUUAACAUAUUGGUUUUAACCAGUAUUUAAUGUUAUAUACAAAUAAUGUAUAUCUUUGUUUUAUACUUUAGUUUGUGAAAAAUUUUUUCAAUUAUCAUUCGUAAAAUUUUGUUUCUCAGAAUUUUAAAUUUUAUAAUUUAUUAUUGAGUUAUUGUAUGUGAAAAACCAGUUGUUAAUUUUAUGUUUUGUAAAAAUUACCAAUGCGCAAUUAUAUUGUAUAAUAUGUUUAUUUACUGUGACUUUAGAAUGUUAAAAUAAAUGGGGAGAA